AUGCCGGCCAAGCAGCCCCAUGGCGACACUCCGACAUCUGAGCUUCCCCAAGCCUUGUGGGAUGAGUUAAGCCGCUAUUACAUGGACCACAUCGCUCGGCUCAUGGUGUGGAUUGAUACAGACAAGAAUUUGUAUCGACACUACAUUAUCCCGAUGGCCUCCGAAUCGCCAGUCCUUCGAUUGGCCAUUUCUGCAGUCGCUGGCCUGCACUGGAAUGCCACCGGGCUCUCUCAGAAAAUCUCUCUUCCAGAGUCGAUACGCGAUGAGGCCAUAAUGGGCAUCACUGCAUCCGUCAAGGGUAUCCUUGAGCAAACUGCUCAGCUGACCCUCAAGGAUGCUCAAUGGAUGCUCGCAUCCAUGCUGGUGCUUUCUUGCUGCGAAAUGAUCAAAGCUGGAGCUGAGGCAGCCGACUGGCAUCGCAGAGCUGCACGAAGAUUGGUUGGCGUCAUCAAUACCAUGGAGUGGUGCAAAGACAGACUGAUAUCCUUUCUCGUCAACCAGCUUGCAAUCUACGACAUUCUAUCUUGUACCACCUCAUUCGACCUGUCCAAUGUCCAGGAAGCGAUACUUCCAGUAACCUCAAAGGAAAGCCCUCUGUUCUCGAAAAUUUUGCUUCUCAUCCACAGCAUCACGUUGGAUCAUCGACGGUAUCGCCAGAACAAGGCUGCCAGUAAGGUUCUGCUUACUUUAAGGAUGGAUAUUGAACUCGCCCGAGGCGAGACGCUUAUGGUGACCGGUACUUUAGGCAUUCAAGACCCGUCUGAACGGCGAGACUUCGUCCGGCUUGUCGAUCUGUACUGCAAAGCGACGUAUCUUUAUGCGCAUCGAGUCCUGAACCAACACGGCAUCACCCCUGAACGCCAUAUCCUGGAAGACAUGUUUUCUGUCCUAGAUGCGACGGAAGAACCCGAGCGAAUAUGCCACAACCUUGUCUGGCCUUUAUUCAUCAUGGGAACAGAAUGCCACGGUGAUGCAGAGAGACAGGGAUAUAUCACCGAGCAGUUCGAAGCUAUUCAUAGAGUGACCGGGUUCAACCAUUAUCAAGAACUGGUGGAGUUUCUCCUAUCGGUCUGGGCAGGGGAAAGCUCUGACUGGCAAACCAAAGCAAGUGAGCGAGAGUCGAUGGCUUUGCGCAUCCUGGCUGUCUGA